CGUAAAAAAAAUGUAUCGCGAUUAUCUCCGAGCGCAUCACUGGAAGUGCGCGAGAAACGAAAAAGCGAGUCCGGCACGCACGCGUUAUCUUAUUUGCGCUUCUCCGGCGGCCGGACAGCUACUUAUAUAUACUUGCUUAUGCGCGGCGAGAUUACCUAUAGUCCUAUACACAUCUCGGAAAACGUGCCUGGCGUCAACAAGAUGGCCGGAAAGAACGAGCAAGACUUCAAUCGCAGCGGUCUGACCGUUUCUCAGAAUCGGGCGUGGUACACGGGACAGCGAGCUCAGAGGAUACCGAACGGACUCGUGGGCCUGGUGGGAAUCGAGUGCAUGGGACUCGAUCUGUCCUACAACGAGCUGACCUCGGUUUCGGCGCUCAAGGAUUACCCGUACCUCCAGGAACUCGUUCUUGAUAAUAACGAGCUGAAAGACCUGCGAACCCUAGCCGAGAUGCCGUUGCUGACGACUCUCAGCGUCAAUAAUAACAAGAUAGGAGACAUCGACGCAGCCCUGGAACGGAUAAGACAGUGCUGUCCGCGGCUCGUGUACGUCAGUUUACUGGGUAAUCCAGGAUGUCCGGAUCAGCUGACACAACCGCAGGCCAACGACGAUGACGAUUACGAGCGAUACCGGCUCUACGCCAUAUAUCUACUUCCGGAUACCUUGAGGUUCCUCGACUCCAGGCCCAUCACAAGACAGGAGAGACUACAGGCCAAGAGUCGUGGCAGGUUCCUUAAAACCAUCAGGUUUGACAGUAAGGACGAGAAGGAGGUGGUAUCCACCAAGUCGUCGUCGGGUAGUACAGAGUUGUUCGACGAGGUGGACUUUCACGUUAAUUACACUCCGUUGCCGGUAACUGUUAGAAGUCCACAGGAUCACAAAGUUGCCUACGGAAAAUGCAGGUAUCGUUAUUCUGGAAAGAACUCCGAGGGAAAUCGUUUCAUAUCGAACAACGACCUGUGAGGCAUAUCGAUGAUCGCGAUUGCUGUGCGAGAGACAAAAAUAAGGCCAUUUCUAACGUGUCAAGAAAUAGGAAUGCAUAUACGACAAAAGGACGACAAUUGCACUCGAGCUCACCCGCUACACCUGUUCGAGGAAAUAUAGAUUGCAUUUGGUCCUUUGUAACACAGUUUUCUCAUCGUGCUAACGAGCCAAGUUUGCACGUGUGACAACAAAUCAUGUAAUGUAAAUACUAUAAGAACUUAUAUGUAUGCAUACAUAUUGCACAUACGCGCACAGAUCACGUACGAACCGUUUCGAGAAAUUCAUCUUGGAGGCAGUAUCAUUAGCCCGAACUGAUCACCCUGUUGUUUUCAUGUAUAUUUUUUUUUUUUAUAUCAUGUAUAAUUGAUUUUUAUUAUCAACUUAUAGGUAUACGCUAAUUAAAAUCCUAGUAUUUUAUCAAGUUGAUCAAGUUGAGUCUUCUUAAAGAAGAAACGUCGCUUAAGUACUAUGCAUCUGUCUAAGUACAUCAGCCUUACGCCUCUUCGAAUCGCGCGCGAAGAAACAUUUAUUUUUAUUACUCACUCUUUUGCUACUCUUUAAUACUCUAAUACCGAACUUGAUAGUUUAAUUCUUCCUCCGUAUACGCAAUCAAUUCUUUCGCAAUCGUAAAUUUGUAUAUUUAUAUAUAACAUAUAGUUUUCUGAAUUAUACAUAUAUAUAUAUAGGUUUAUCAAAUCGAUAAUCUAACGUAUUUAAUCGCUCAAACACACCGAUCACCAUUAACAUUGGCUGACGUGAAGUUGCUUCGUGAAAUGCUACCUUACGCCGGUUUUACAAAAAUUGGAAGCAUGUUGUUCUCGCCGUGAGAGAAAACUGUUCGCAGAUUACGACUUAACAGUGAUCGUAUUUCGUUUUUUACAAAGUACUUUUGGCCACGAAGAAUGUAUAUAAACGAGAUGGGUGAUUUUUGUGUUAAGAAACAUUAAAAGCAUAAAAGUGCGGCUAUUUGGCAUUUGGCUUUUCCCCGUACAUGUGUAUGCAUUUGUGUCUAUAUAAAAGAAGCCAAUUUUUGUAAAAUAUUAUAAGAAAUACAAAAUAGCUUGUAAGUUAAGUGUAAAUAUUUUUGAAUAAAUAUCGAAAUAAAAGUUUAUUCUUCUUUAA